AGGUUAUAGAGCACACAGUAAAUAAAGUAGAUGAUAUUAAUAAAAGUUUCUAGAAGAACUUGGUCGUCAAGCAAAAACAGCAACAACUCUGACAUUGUCUCACUAUAUAAAACCCAAAUUCUCUUUCUCUUUUAGGACUCGGUUCAAAAACGAAAACGCAAAUACGUCUUGUUCUAGUUUGGAGUUGGAAGCGUAAAAAACAAAAAACAAAAAUGUGUGGGGGAGCUAUCAUUUCUGAUUUCAUCUGGUCGAAAUCUGAGUCAGAACCGAGUCAACUCGGCUCUGUUAGCAGCAGGAAGAAGCGUAAACCCGUCUCAGUGAGUGAAGAAAGAGAUGGGAAACGAGAGAGGAAGAAUCUGUACAGAGGGAUAAGGCAGAGGCCAUGGGGCAAAUGGGCAGCGGAGAUUCGUGACCCGAGCAAAGGUGUACGUGUCUGGCUUGGCACAUUCAAAACCGCCGACGAAGCUGCUCGAGCCUACGACGUUGCUGCCAUCAAAAUCCGUGGCCGGAAAGCCAAACUGAAUUUCCCAAACACUCAAGUAGAAGAAGAAGCCGAUACUAAACCAGGGGGGAAUCAAAAUGAGCUGAUUUCGGAAAACCAAGUAGAGAGCUUAUCGGAGGACCUGAUGGCAUUGGAGGAUUACAUGAGAUUCUAUCAGAUUCCGGUUGCCGACGACCAAUCGGCGACCGAUAUUGGAAAUUUAUGGAGCUAUCAAGACUCCAAUUAAAUCUCUUAUUUCCCGGCCGGUUUGCUCACUCAUUAAUAUGCUGCUAAUUUACUUGUUUUUUACUUAACAAUCAAGUCUAAUUUGUUUCCAUCAAUAUUUCAGAUAAGAGUAAAGC